UUUUCAUAGAUGGCCCAAUAAUUCUGUGCUCAUCUGUUUCACACGAGCUAGACUUUGUUUUGUACUGCCCUCUCAAAGGGAGUGAUGCACUUGUGUCGUCACAUCUUCAAACACAUAACAACUACAUCUUUCAGUCUAUAAGCGUGUCCUUUUACUAUAUAAUCUCUCUCUGUCUCUUUGUCUCACUGUCUUCAUGCUGGCUUUUCCCUGCAGCAGGAUUCACAGGAUGAAGGGCUUUGUUACCAUGGAGACAUUGACUCUGAGCAUCCUUCCAGUGCUUUGACCCUCCCAGGUCUGAGAUACGGAGCACAGGUCAAAAUGUUCCAGAACCAGGUUCCUCUGCUCCCUGGAGAGACCAUCCAAACUACAGUCAAGGAUGUGAUGUACAUUUGUCCAUUCAGCGGUCUGGUUACUGGGACUUUGACCAUCACAGACUACAAGCUGUACUUCAUCAGUGUGGAAAAGGACUCUCCCUUCAUUCUGGAUGUGAACCUGGGAGUCAUCAGCAGGAUCGAAUCUAUCAGUGUUCCCAACCAAGGAGAGAACAACAAGGGACUGGAGCUGGUCUGCAAGGACAUGAGGAGUCCCAGGUUUGCCUAUAAGAUGGAGGAGAGCCAGCCGGACGUGGUGGAGGUGCUGACCAAACAUGCCUUUCCUCUGUCCCACAGUCUGCCCUUGUUUGCCUUCCUGUACAAAGAGCAGUUUCCUGUGGACGGCUGGAAGGUGUAUGACCCAGCAGCAGAAUACAGACGUCAGGGGCUUCCUAAUGAGAGCUGGACCAUCAGUAAGAUAAACAGCACCUACGAGCUAUGUGACACGUAUCCUUCCAUCCUGGUCAUCCCCACCAACAUCACAGAUGAAGACAUCAAACGAGUGGCUGUGUUCAGAGCCAAGCACCGUAUACCGGUCUUGUCCUGGAUCCACCCGGAGUCUCAGGCCACCAUUGUACGCUGUAGCCAGCCGCUAGUUGGGCCGUCAGACCGUCGCUGUAAAGAAGACGAACGCUUUCUCCAAAUCAUCAUGGGCAACGCUCAGUCCCACAAGCUCACCAUCUUUGAUGCCCGACAGAGCAGCGUGGCCAUCACCAACAAGGGAAAGGAUGGAGGGUAUGAAAGCGAGAGUUUCUACCCCAAUGUAGAGCUAAACUUCCUGGAAAUUCCAAACAUUCAUGUGAUGAGGGAGUCUCUCAGGAAGAUGAAGGAUGUCGUUUAUCCUACCAUAGACGAAGCCCACUGGCACUCCUUUAUCGACCAGACGCACUGGCUGGAGUACAUACGGCUGUUAUUAGCAGGAGCAGCAAAGGUAGCUGAUAAGCUGGAGUCUGGGAAGACGUCGGUGGUGGUUCACUGCAGCGACGGCUGGGACAGGACAGCCCAGCUUACCUCUCUGGCCAUGCUGAUGCUGGACAGUUACUAUCGCACACUGAGAGGCUUCCAGGUUUUAGUGGAGAAGGAGUGGAUUAGUUUUGGACACAAGUUUGCUGCUCGCGUGGGCCACGGUGAUGAGAACCAUGCUAACUCAGAGCGCUCGCCUCUGUUCGUCCAGUUUAUCGACUGCGUCUGGCAGAUGACUCGACAGUUCCCAGCAGCCUUUGAGUUCAAUGAGCUCUUCCUGAUCACCGUGCUGGACCAUCUGUACAGCUGUCUGUUUGGUACAUUCCUCUACAGCAGUGAACAGGAGCGGGCCAACCAGGAGGUUCCAGCCAAGACUGUGUCUCUCUGGUCGUACAUCAACAGCCAGCCCGAGGACUUCACCAACCCCUUCUACGUGGACUAUGAGAACCACGUUCUCUACCCGAUGGUUUCGCCCAGACACCUGGAGCUUUGGACCAGUUACUAUGCCCGCUGGAACCCACGCAUGAGGCCACAGGUACCAGUGCACCAGACUCUGAAGGAUCUGCUGAUCCUGAGAGCAGAGCUCCAGAGAAGGGUGGAGGAGCUGCAAAGAGAGGCUUCAUCCCACUCCCUGUCGUCCUCCUCGGACCACUCCCCGACACACACUGCAGGAACCCCGCUGCACACGGCUGUCUGACAGGGACGGCCACACAUGACUGCUUUUAUGUGUUUUAACAAAGUUACACCAAAAUACUAAUUGACUGAUAUUUUUAUCAACAUUUCCAUUUGAGAAAAAUAAAAUAACUCCUCGAGAUAUUUGUAAAAUUAAAAAGCAUUUAGAAAAUGUUUUAAACUAGACCUAACUGAAGCGUCCUGUUAACUAUAUUUAUAUUAUUUUUAUUGCACUUCACAAGAGCAUGGAUUUUUUCUACUGUUCAACCAAAGCAUGUUAGAAAACAUGUUAAUAUAAAGUGAUUUGGGUUCAUUUUCUUGUUGCACUCUGUGGAUGUUGCACCAGUUCAACCUUAAAACUAAUUAUGUGAAUGCAAAGCAUGAAAAAUAAAAAGUUAUUCUUAUUCAGAGUUUGUGGUUUAAGGCUCUACGUGCAGAUUUUUAUAUGAUGUGUUGUUGUUUUAGGGCUCUGCUGCUCUGACGAGUCACAUGCACUGCUGAACACGCUCCAGCUGGUAAUGUUUAUUGAUUUGUAAUGAAGACAGUUAUGAACGGAAACUGUAAAAUUAUUGAACUCUAAAGAAGAUAACA